UCCAUCCCAUGCAUCUCUCUCUCUCUCUCUCUCUCUCUCUCUCUCUCUCUCUCUCUCUCUCUCUCUCUCUCUCUAUAAAUACCAACCCACCAUUCCAUACUUCCCAUAAGUCUCAUCAACACACAAGCAUUCAAAGCGAUCCUAGUUACUCCCAAGUCUUUCCUCAUAUAUAUAUAUAUUUUUUCCCCAAUGGCAUCUUCCUCUGUUACACCACUUCUCCUUCUAGUUUCAAUUCUGAUAUGUUCCAUAGUAGCUACCUCUGCUGGUAAUUUCUACCAAGACUUUGACAUCACAUGGGGCGAUGGCCGCGCUAAGAUACUCAACAACGGCGACCUCCUCACUCUCUCACUUGACAAAACCUCCGGCUCCGGAUUUCAGUCCAAGGAUCAGUACCUCUUUGGGAAAAUCGAUAUGCAACUCAAGCUUGUCCCCGGAAACUCUGCUGGCACUGUCACCGCUUAUUAUUUAUCAUCACAGGGGCCAACACAUGACGAGAUAGACUUUGAGUUCUUGGGGAAUUUGAGCGGUGAUCCUUACAUUCUUCACACCAAUGUGUUUAGUCAAGGAAAGGGCAACAGAGAGCAACAAUUCUACUUAUGGUUCGACCCAACUGCCGAUUUCCACACCUAUUCCAUCCUUUGGAACCCCCAACGCAUCAUAUUUUCAGUCGAUGGCACCCCAAUCCGACAAUUCAAAAACUCAGAAUCGAUCGGUGUCCCUUACCCGAAGAACCAACCAAUGAGAAUCUACUCCAGUCUAUGGAACGCCGAUGAUUGGGCAACAAGGGGUGGCCUAGUGAAAACUGACUGGACAAGAGCUCCCUUCACUGCUUCCUACAGAAACUUCAACGCCAACACUUGUGUUAUAUCGUCCUCUGGAGUCUCUUCUUGCACUUCAAGUUCUAGCAGCGGGAAUGGCAACGCGUGGAUGGAAGAACAGUUGGAUUCAACUAGUCAAGAGAGGAUGAAAUGGGUGCAAAAGAAUUACAUGAUUUACAAUUACUGUUCGGAUUCGAAGCGGUUUCCGCAGGGCCUCCCUCCGGAAUGUGCUGCUACUUAGAAUUGUUGUUUAGGUGUUAUUCAGAUUCAAUUCUUUUGAUUCUUUGAACUUCAAAUUGUAUACCUUAUGCAAUUAAAUUCAUAAGUAUGUGAGCAUGUUUUAAACAA